GUAUUCUAUUAAAUAUAACAAAAAGACAAAAAAAAAACAUAAUUUCAUUAUUUGAAUAAUUUCAGAUUUUCAAUUCACGAAACAAGGUAUUUUUUCUUAAACCCUCAGAAAAACAAACAAAAUUGGGUUUGAUUAAGAAUGCAAAAAGAGGUUGUUGGCCAAAAGAAAAAUCUAUCCAACAAAUUUGAAAUUUCCAAAUAUAAAAGGAAAAAAAAAAAGGUGAGAAGGAGAAGACGGUUCUUCAGCUUUCCCUUCCUGCAAAUCUACCAAGCGAAUACCUCACCAGCCAUGAAGCGAUCAAUCAACCAAGUCAUGGGAUCCACGUCGGCUACUUCCGCCGAUGCCAAUAAGCCAGUCUACCUCUCCAAAGCUCAGCGCGAAGAGUUAGCCCUAAACCGCCGCCACGAUCAAAUCUCCGAUCACCGUCUCCUCCGCGAGCAACUAGAUCGCUCCACUCACGACAGGAAAAGAAGCAGAGGGCGAGAUCGCGAUGGCGAUAGAGAUCGUGAGCGUAGCCGCCGUGAACGAGAUCGUGAGCCAAACCGGCGAAUCCGUGACCGAAAGCGUGAGGAAGAAGAAGCUAAAUCUCGCGAGAAAGCGCGUGUUGAGAAGCUACUCGAUCGUGAGAAGGAGCUCGACGCCAUCAAAGAGCAGUACCUCGGAGUCAAGAAGCCAAAGAAGAGAGUCACAAAACCAAGCGAGAAGCUCCGAUUCUCCUUCGACUGGGAAAACACCGAAGACACUUCAAGAGACGUGAACGCUCUCUACCAAAACCCUCACGAGGCCCAGCUUCUCUUCGGCAGAGGCUUCCUCGCCGGCACGGACCGCCGCCAGCAGAAAAAGCAAGCUGCCGAGCACCAUACGAGCGUCGAUAGGCACUGGAGUGAUAAGAGAUUAGAUGAGAUGAGUGAAAGAGACUGGCGCAUCUUUAAAGAAGACUUCAACAUCUCUUACAAAGGUUCCAAGAUUCCUCCUCCCAUGAGGAGCUGGGAAGAGAGCAAGCUAAGCUCCGAGCUUUUAAAAGCUGUGGAGAGAGCUGGUUACAAGGCCCCUAGGCCUAUUCAAAUGGCAGCUAUACCACUUGGGCUGCAACAGCGCGAUGUUAUCGGUGUUGCAGAGACUGGUUCGGGAAAGACUCAUGCUUUCGUCUUGCCCAUGUUAGCUUACAUAUCUAGAUUGCCGCCUCUGAGCGAAGAGAAUAUAAGGGAAGGUCCUUAUGCCGUUGUUAUGGCACCUACUCAUGAGCUCGCUCAGCAGAUUGAGAAGGAAACUGUUAAGUUUGCGCGUUAUCUAGGGCUUAGGGUGACUUUAACAGUGGGUGGUCAGUCUAUUGAGGAACAGGGGUUGAAGUUAGCGCAAGGGUGUGAGAUUGUGAUUGCUACCCCUGGUCGUUUGAUUGAUUGCCUUGAGAGACGGUUUGUUGUGUUGAACCAGUGCAACUACGUGGUUCUUGAUGAGGCUGAUCGGAUGAUAGACAUGGGUUUCGAGCCUCAGGUUGCAUGUGUGUUGGAUGCAAUGCCUUCAAGUAACUUGAAACCGGAGAAGGAAGAAGAAGAGCUUGACGAGAAGAAGAUUUACAGAACCACGUAUAUGUUCAGUGCUACAAUGGCUUCUGGUGUAGAGAGGCUAGCUAGAAAGUACUUGAGGAACCCUGUUGUUGUCACCAUUGGUACUGCAGGAAAGGCCAAAGAUUUGAUUUCGCAGCACGUGAUUAUGAUGAAAGAGUCUGAGAAGUACUUCAGAUUACAGAAGCUGCUCGAUGAGCUAGGAGAUAAAACCGCCUUUGUGUUUGUCAACACAAGGAUAAAAUGCCACUCUAUUGCUAAGAGUCUGGACAAGGCAGGGUACCGUGUCACUACCUCGCACGGUGGGAAGUCACAAGAGCAGAGAGAAGUCAGCUUAGAAGGAUUCAGAGCAAAGAGAUACAACGUUCUCGUUGCAACAGAUGUUGUAGGCCGUGGAAUCGAUAUUCAAGAUGUGGCUCAUGUCAUAAACUAUGACAUGCCUAAACCUAUAGAGAUGUAUACACAUCGUAUCGGGCGUACAGGACGUGCUGGGAAAAGCGGUGUUGCUACUUCGUUCUUGACUCUUAAUGAUACUGAUGUUUUUUAUGAUUUGAAGCAGAUUCUUGUUCAGAGCAACAGUGCUGUGCCUCCAGAGCUGGCUAGACAUGAAGCGUCCAGAUUCAAACCAGGAUAAAAACAAUGAUUCUGUUUAUAACUUGCAUAAGAAACCAAAUGAUGCUAUAAAGGAAAAUAUGUUCACAACUUUGCCAUCAAGAAAACCACAAGAACGACGGGAAAACAAAAAAAAAAAACAAAAACAAAACCACAACAACGAUGACAUAUGAAAGAAGAAUCUAGAACGCCCAGGGUGUUAUGGAUCUGCUAGAAGGGGAGAGUAGGAUGCUAUUGUGACAAAUCCUGAGCUAACUCCAAUUGGUGCCUGAGAUGGACCUGCAAGAACAGAACCUGAGCUAACUUCUAUUGGUGCCUGAGAUGGACCUGCAAGAACAGAACCUGAGCUAACUUCUAUUGGUGCCUGAGAUGGGCUUGCAAGAACAGAGCCUGAGCUAAUUUCUAUUGGUGCCUGAGAUUGACCUGCAAGAACAGAACCUGAGCUAACUUUUAUUGGUGCCUGAGAUGGACUUUCUAGAACAGAGCCUGAGCUAAUUUCUAUUGGUGCCUGAGAUUGACCUGCAAGAACAGAGCCUGAGCUAACUUCUAUUGGUGCCUGAGAUGGUACAGCAAGAACAGAACCUGAGCUGACUCUUGUUGGUGCACGAGAAAGCACGCAGAAAUGAAGCUUCGAAUCAGAAAGAUCCCAAUACAUUCCAAUCUCAUCUUUCGUCUUCAAAGCCCUCCUGAUGACAAAAUCCAUAAGCCAUCCACCACUGAGAACAUAGGAUCCACGCCUGGUCAGUUUCGUUAGAAGCAUCUGGUGCGUAGUGUGAGUAUUGUGAUCAUACACGUCGACUGUUAACCCUGAGCCUUCUUGGACCAUCUUUUGGCUAACCUCAGGGAGAUAUCUCACUAUGUGGCUAUGUACGCUUCUGGGAUUCAGAAGAAGGCAGUUUUGACGGCUACGAUCGCUUAUAGUCAGUUUCUUCUUGAUGGUCCAUGGAUCGGUGAAGAGAGUUAACUCUGUUGAGACGCCGUACUGCUCCUCCUCUUGUCUUCCUUCAUUUGAGAGAAGCUUAAGCUUCAUCAGCGAGUUCUCUUUUUCUUCAGUACCUGUAUUGCCUCUUGGCCCACAAGAUAUCUUGGUAUCAUCACUGCUCUUAGGCCAUGUUGGGUCGUACAAACAGAGAGUCGUGGAGACCAAGCAAUCAGUCUCUGACGCUGAAAUAGGAGGCAUCUCCCUGACAACGUUGGGGAUCAAGGAAAGUAAGUCUUUAGUUAACUUUUGCUGAUCUUGGAUCAUUCUCGUUCAAUUCCUCUGCACCAUAAGAUACUGCAAUUUAGAGAGCGAGUAACCAAAAAGUACCUUGGAAUUAUGUAGCUGGAUCAAAGCUCUUUUAUUCAAUCAUAUAUUACCAUAAAUAAAGAAAUUAGAAUCAAAUGAACGCAUAGUUUGCA